GCAAAAUGAGCAAACACAGAGAGAGAGAGAGAGAGAGAGAGAGAGAGUUACAUCACUGCCUUCCGCUUAUCUUAUCGUGCCUUCAGUCAUAAAACGGGGCUGAACACACCCACGCAACUCUGAACAAACUGCUCUCACACGUGGAUCUCCGUGGUCCGUGUUUAGUAGUGUGGAUGUUCGUCAGCAGGUGAACGCACGCGGAUUUUCUGACUUCUGCAGGUGAGUGAUGGACUCUCCAAACUGUUCAUGUUUUCACUGAUGUAUAAAUAUUAAGUUUAACGUGUUUCUGGGUGAGAUUCUUGCUGCCGUAUUUUUGUAUUUCUUCAAAGAUGACAUACAUUUUAACAAACUUCUAAGAAACACUUAAAAAAGACCCGCAUUUUAUCUUGUAUCGUGAAAAGAUGAAAUGCUGUUUUUACUUCUUUUUCACCUCUUAUAAAAGUGUCGUGGAUCUGUUUAAAGUUUUGGUUGUUUGUGUUUUACAUGGUCCCAAUCCUUUAGCCUUCUGUGGUAUUUUAUUUAAAAAAAAAAUACAGAGAGAAAAAUCCCUCAAAAGUUUUGGAGUCUCCAGGAAAUCUCAGGUUUUAGGUCUUUUUAUUUGUUGGGAAACAGCGGACUGUUGAGAUCAAAUGAUUUAAGCUUCACAUACAACAGAAACUACAGUAACAUGUCUCUUAAACGCAUCAGUUGAAAAAAUGACCUUUUUACUAAUUGGGAACUUUUAGGUCUGAUUUAGGUGUGUAGCCGCUAACACUUUUGUCACAGUUAGCUCUACAUUUCACAGACCCUGUUAAUAAUUCUAAAUGUACUAAAAAUAAACGCCGUAUUAGCGCUUGUAGAUCUGACUCAGCAGAUUUACAGGUGAAUGAGCUUUAUCUUGCACAUCAGCAAAGUUCGAGAAACAGUCAAAGGUUGGUGUUAGAAACACAGAACCAUCAUUUUUUGUUUGAGAACAUAAAUGAUAACGCCUCACAGAUGUCUCCAAAGUUUACUGAAUCGAUCUUUAUCCCAAAAAUACGAUUCAUUUCACAAACGUAUCGGUAUAUUUCUUCAGAGUUGUACGUCCAGGAGGAGAGACGAGGAUGUCGGUAGACCAGGAGAAGAUAGAGCUCGGGCUGAAUGGAGACUUCAAACACCAGGUAUCUUCUCUUUUUUUUUCUAUGCUGACAUAAAACUUUGAAAAAUGUCAAAAACCCCGUGUUUUAAGGUGAGUUCGCUGUAUUUAAGUCUGCAGGAGCGGGCCAGCAGCGGCGAGGCGCCACCGUCAGCUUUCACAACAUCUACUACAAGGUGACUCAAGGAGGGAACUGUCUGUGCCGUAAAAAUGGGAAGACCAAAGACAUCCUCAUCGACCUCAAGUGAGUAAAGUUGGUUCUCGAAGUGUGAAUCACUCAAAAACGUGAAUGUGUAGAUUUGGUUUUUCUGAACCAAAACGUCACGUGUGUUUUUUUUACCUUUGAAUGUUUUUGUCAGUAUCGGACUGUAUUGUCUAAAGAGGGCGUAGAGCGAAGCCUUUAGCAUGUCACCUGUGCUGUUCUUGGACUGACACCACUGUAGACGCAGGAAUCAAAAGACCGGCUUUAUUUCAACUCCACGAUCCGUCAACAAACUCCUCUCUGUGAAUUUAACACCCGCUCCCAGUGAGUGAACUUUCAAAGGUUUGGUGUUAGCUCAGCAUCCUGCCGCUGUGUCUGUUUGUUGGUUCAAACUGAGGGUCAUUGUGUUUUUAUGCGCCCGUGUUUGGGGCUUGUGUUAUAAAGGGAAAGUGCACCUGAGUCUCUGGACAAAGCUGACUUCCUUCCUUCGCCUAGAAAAACUUGGGGUGUGUGUGUGUGUGUAUGUGUGUGUGUGUGUUUGAUCCACGUGGGCCUCGAUGGAGUCACCUUUGUGGUCAUUGUAGGAUUGUGUCGGCACGUAGACAAACAAAAACACAAUAACUGCAAAUUUAGACCCCGCAGGCUCGGUUGACCCGACUUCCAGAAGUCCCUGGGGUCAAAAACCUUCCACAGACAGCUGAAAUCAGACGCAUUGUAUCCUUAGCUAGCUGUUGAGUUUGCAGGACACGGGUGAAGGCUAAAGGUCCUUACAAACCGGGAACGAUGCUAAUAUACGAUGCGAAAUCACGAAAUAUUCUAAGGCGAAUGUAACAAGGUAACAACCGAGACCUAAUGGUGCUGUGACAGCAACGCUGUGAUUGAGUUUGAGUUUACAGUGAAAAUACGUAUGGUAUGUUGUAUCUGAACAGGUUAGCUUACGAGCUAAAGUUACUUAGCGCAGAUGAAAGUUAAAACAAAGACGUUUAUCAAACUGUUAAAGCACACAAACCAUCGUCGUCGUCCUUCAGGUCGUUAUCUUUGUAAUGUUUGUGUCUUUUAUCAAAAAUCAUUCUGUUCUCCGACACGUAAACAAUCAGCCGGUCGGCCAUGUUGGAUAAACCGGUGAAUAAGGCUGUGUCCGAAAUGGACCCCUAACCUCUAUAUAGGCGACUAUAUGGGGGUUAGCGCCAUUUUGAGGGGUGUCCGAAACUUGGGCGAUUAAUUCCAGUGCCCUGUAUAGGCGACUCAAAAUUUCCCAUAAAGCAUUGCAAAAUGUAGUGACCAUCCGAUGGUGGGUAUCCCGUCAUGCAUUGUGUCUCCAACGGCAACGUCACAACGGUAGUGUCCGAAACCUCAGGUGAUUGAGCUCACGACAUAGUCAGCUAUAUAGUGAGACUCCGUACGGGGGUUAGGGGUUAGGGAUUGAGUGUUUCAUUUCGGACACAGCCUCCGAUGCUCCAGGUGUGUAAGGACCUUAACAGUAAGAGUCCGGAUUAAUCUUCCUCCACUGGUUUAGUCUUCAUCAUUUUGAAGACCUUUCUUCAUCCUCCUUGUCCAACAGGAGUUCAGACAGUUGACUCACAGCCGCACGUGACCGGAAACUCUUCGAAAGCGCUCUGUGAAAUCAAACAAAGCUUUAAUUAUGUUUUUUUUUUACUGUGUGUUAUGAAAUGUUAUGAAACUGCAGGUCAGAGUCCGCGGCAUGUGUUCCAUUUGUAGAGCGUAGUAUCUUUGGUAUUUUAUUGUUCGCUGCCUUCAAUCAUUGACAGCUCCGACUCAGAGUUGAAGGCUGGUUCAGAUUGUUUUAUUGACGCUUUUACAGCUUUGGUUUGUCUUCAUGUGAGAACGAUGUCUGAGUCAGUGCUGACGGCCUGUUUUUCAACCCAGAGCUUUAAAAUGUGAUUAUGCUUCAAAGUUUUGUUUUUAUCUUUGUCAAACUCAGCUUCUUCUCUGGACAAAGUUUGAUGGCGUCUGAAAUAGUGAGAUAACAGCUUUUCAAAAAGGCUUCAUGCUGAAAAUGUCACAUCGUUUUUGGACCCAUUGUACAAACUGAUGAAAUCAUUAUUUUGUGUGUGUACAUGGAAAUUAAUCUGACCAGAACUGUUAUCACGAGGCUACAGGAAAUGGAAUGUUUGGUUUGCAUGUGAACAUCUUUUUAUAUUCGCUUAUAUUCAAUAAACAGAUAAACAGUAAAGUUUGGAAGUGGAGAGCACACGGAACUGCACCAUCGUGACUUUUGUUUCACGUUUAAUAAAAACUGCUUACAACCUGACAGACUUUGCUCAGGGGGAAGUUCUGCCCUUUGGUUCUUCUGAUUUAGCAAAAAAAGAAAAAGUUCGCAGUAGUUCAUUCUGAAACUUGCUGCCAAGGGGGAAAAAAAAUUAUGUGAAAUGAAAGUUCAAGAAAUUGAGGAGGGACUACAGAUUUGUUGUGUCUUUAGAGGAGGCCAAAAAGAAAAACUGCUGUGUCAUAGUUACCAAUAUGUGUUUUUUGGGCCGUUGCCAAUACCGUUUGUUAGGGGGAAAAAAAUCUGAUUACCGAUUAAUCUGCCAAUUUUUUAAAAUUUUUUAUGAAGUUAUAAAAAAUACACAUACUGUAGAUAUAAUGUAGGCCACUGCUCUUCAACCGACAGGAAGACCGCCUUAUUAAACUGAGACAAGAAAAGCAUUUUCAGGUCGCUGCGCCAUCUACAGGAUAAGUCGGGGAACUUUUCAAAUGGCAUUUUCGAAGUGAAACUGAAUCUUAUUCUCAGCAUUUUAUUUCUGGAAAUAUCGGUGAGUUUUGGCCGAUUAGUCUCAAAGGGGCUAAAAUUGGGUCCUAAUGGUUAGAAAUGUAAUCCAAGUAUAUCAGUGGAUUUCCUGAAAACUGUGCUUGGUUUAUUUUUGAGAGAGAAGUACAGAACCUGAGUCAGCAAAAACACCCAGAAAUGAAUCAUCGUCUUUACAAAAGAACUUGACAGGAAACUGAGCUGUCAAAAAUUACUCAUUUUGCAAAACCACAAAAACUCUUUUAGUUCCUUUAAAACCAUCAAAACAUGACGUCUGCGAAUCUCAAAGUUCGCCAAGAGUCACUUCACGGAAACGAGGAACUGAAACUGCUUCGUCAUGUUUAGCAGUCCCGAACAUCUGAAUCACGACGAAUGAGACGCAGACUGUCAGCUGAGCGAAGUCGAACUCAAACUGCUCAUAUUUCUAGUUUGGCUGCAGAGGCAAAUUAUCUUUUUUUUUCUCUUGCAGAAAGUCAAAAACAAGAUUUGGACUGAGGUGGUUGACACAGUUUUUCUUUAACGUGAUGAUAAUGGCAAAAAUGAAAAACUCAAAAGCCAUUGAAAUUUUUGCUUUCUGUGAAACAAGUGGCAGUCAUGAUAAAGUGUCCAUUCAAUACAAAUGUAAAUAUAAAAAUUACAGUGUUAAAGGGUAUACAGCUGCCCUAGUAUAGUGCCAGUACAAAAGCAGCACGAAAAACUAAAAACUAAAUAAAUUAAUACGUGACCCAAACUCAUGCAACACUCACAGAAAUCGCCAAUAGUGUGAACCAAAGACCUCAAUAUGAAGAGGUUGUUCACACUGCUGGAUGUUUCUCCUCUGAAGCUGCUCUCUGCCUCCAUCAUUGUUUACUCAGAGUCAGACGGGUACGAUGAUUUGAUUCGCCACGACUCCAGAAAUGAUUAAAAAACUGCAGAACGUUACAAAAUGAUGUAUCGGCGCUCCUGGCUUGAUGGGUAGAAAUGCGCAGCAGCGCCGCCGUCUUGGAAGGUUGAAACCACUGUAUAUAUUCUGGACAACUUGGUUCCGCCUCCUGCCUUUAUAUGGAUUUGAAGCCAAAAAGCUCUCGGUAAUUCCACGAUUUUUCUUUAUUUCCUGAAACCAGCAUUGCGCAGUAGCGUUGUACGCAUUUGGCGGCAGAGUCGCUGUGAUGACGCUCGGCUCAAACAGCGUAUCCCCCGUGGUGAGCUACGCAAUCCUUGAACGCCCAUAGGCUGUAUCAGGUGUCAAUCAUAGGCUGUGUCCGAAAUGGAUCCCUAACCUCUAUAUAGGCGACUACAUGGGGGUUAGCGCCAUUUUGAGGGGUGUCCGAAACCUCAGUGAUCAAUCCCAAUGCCCUGUAUAGGCGACUCAAAAUUUCCCAUAAAGCAUUGCAAAAUGUAGUGACCAUCCAAUGGUCACUCACCAGUGGUGGGCAUCCCGUCAUGCAGUGCGUCUUGCCAUGUAGUGUCUGAAACCUCUGGUGAUUGAGUUCACUACAAAGUCAACUAUAUAGUGAAAUCCCAUAUGGGGGUUAGGGGUUGAGUGAUUCAUUUCGGACGCAGCCAUAGAAACAUGAACCCCCUAAUAACUUUUAAAAAUGGAGCUGUACAGAAAAAAGAGGACUUGAGCACAAACCAGUCUGACAGUAACUACAUGUCAACAUCACAACCAGGGGGGAGAAACAUUUAUAUUCUGUGUCAUUCAUUUAUAAAGUUUGUCCACAGCUCCAUAGGGAUUGCUGGAGGAGGCGGGAUUUAUGACCUAUACUGCAGCCUGUCACCAGAGGGUGCUGUUCUCGGGGUGGCUUCACCCAGCGAGGACAUGCUUCUCCCGGCUUGAGGGGUAGAAAUGCGCAGCCGCGUUCCCGGCUCGGAACGUUGAAAUGCGUACACGCUGUCCCAGUUUAAACGGGUUAAAAUGUUGUUUUAGAAAACUGUAGACUCACAUAAAACGAGAAAAUCAGUUUUUGUUCUUCAGGUUCACCAGAGUGAAGCCUCUGUUUAACUCACUGUUUACAAUCAAACUGAGUUGCACUAGAAACUGCUGAAUCGGCCAAAACUGAACCCCUGUUGUUUGGUUCCAUCAGAGUUGGUUUCUGUGACCUGAAAAACUACAAAGAUGGUGAAUUUCCAACAAUCAGGAGCCCAAAUGUGCUCAUAUGUGAUGCAGAGCCGAUGUUUUAUGUAAUUGUUUUCGCACUGACCUUUUCUAUUCCCUCUCUGUCAGUGGGAUCAUGAGGCCCGGUCUGAACGCCAUCAUGGGAGCAACAGGAAGCGGGAAAUCAUCGUGAGUGUGUUUUUUUUUUUUCAAACGUUUGUGGACUACAAGAGAAGGUUUUGAUUGUUUAAAGCGUGUCCUUUUGUUUCGGAGCUUCUUCUGUCCCUUCAGAGGGUUUCAGUCGUUUCUGUUCGCCGUUCAGGUUCCUGGACGUCUUGGCUGCCAGGAAGGACCCCGCAGGCCUGUCAGGAGAGGUCCUGAUCGACGGAGCUCCUCAGCCUCCAAACUUCAAAUGUCUGUCUGGAUACGUGGUGCAGGUGGGUGAGACGGGCAGGAAGACGGACAGGAAGUGAGCUCAGCGGGAGCCAAUGGGGCGUCUUUGAAUCAGGAGAGUUUCCUGAUUGAGGGAGGAAGGGAGUGAAGGCAACAAUCGGAGCAGAUCUCAGGCCAAGACUGUUUCAACAACAACAACAACAAACACUGUGAUUGAGUGACUGAAGAAAUACUGAGGUCAAAAACAGCAGACUCAAACAAGAACAUAACCAUGAGCGUGUUUAUCUACUCGCACCUUCAUAAGAAGACCAGAAACUCUAGGAAUACUCAAUCAGAGACUCAGUUGCGAUCAAUCAAAGACAGUUACAGUCCGAGUUUGGAUGUUGUUCCUCGUUGAUGUUGGUUUCUUGUUCCCAGGACGACGUGGUGAUGGGGACGCUGACGGUCAGAGAAAACUUCAGCUUCUCUGCGGCGCUUCGACUCCCAGAGUCCGUCUCUCAGGAGGAGAAAGAGAAAAAAGUCAACAGACUGAUCCAGGAGCUGGGACUGAGCCGAGUGGCCGACUCCAAGGUGAGGAGGAGGAGGGAGAGGCUAACAGUAAAAUAAGGAGAGUGAAGGAGAGGAAAGAAGAGGAGACAAAAAAACAACAGAAGAAAUGUCCGGUUAGUUUUUUAGGAUCUGCUUCAGAGAUCACGACGCAAAUGUGAGCUAGAAAAGGUAAAUAGAAAGAAAAAGUGACUGAAACCACAUCAUGGAGCACUUUUGAGCAGAAGAUUACGUGGCAAAGAAAAAAGACAAAGAGAAAGAGAGGCAGAGGAAAAAACGGACAAAAAAGAGGUAGAAAGUAGAGGAAAAAAGAGAGGACAUAGAGGACAGGGAAGAGGAAGAAAAGAAAUCAGGCAUUGAAAGAAAUUCAGAUCGGCGGUCCUCACAAGUAUAGAAAUCAAUAUUUUUGUGUGUGCGUUCAGGUGGGCACUCAGCUGAUUCGUGGGAUCUCUGGUGGUGAGAGGAAGAGGACGAACAUCGGCAUGGAGCUGAUCAUCGACCCGUCCGUCCUCUUCCUGGACGAGCCGACGACAGGACUCGACGCCAGCACCGCGAACUCUGUCCUGCUGCUGCUGAGGAGGUACACCUCAGAGUGUGACACGGGAGCGGAUUUCCACUCCUGUCCCGUCCCACUCCCAGAGAAAAAAUCCCGUCCCGUCCUAAUCCUGGACCGGAGUAAAAAAAAUUGAUCCUGUCCUGUCCCACUGACUCCCACUCCCAUCCCGCUCCCACUCAGAAUUACUCUCACCCCUGUCCCACUCCCGUUUGAAUAAAACCAAAAACAUGUUGAAAAAAUUUUGCAUUUUUUUAUUUUAGGUAAAGAUUUACCUAAAAUUUAAAAAAAUUAGGUAAAAGUGGCAGCCGAGUCGGCGCGGCAGUCGCUACCGGCGACAAUGUGUGUGUCGCCGGCAGUCGCUCCGAGUCACUUUUCACUUCAGGUGGUGACAGGAAGUCAAACCACUGUUGUAGUUCUUUUGUGUUGCUAGCGCAGUCAAGAGUGUCGGCUCUCACUGAGAGAUGACUACAAAAAUGGACGCACCUGUUCAUCUGGUUGUCAUCACGGCUGAAAAUGAUCAUCUAUUAAUGUUGUUCCUGCUCCCGUCGCUUUUUACCCGUCUCAUCCCGAUCACGGGAUUAAUUAAAAAAUGACUCCCAUCCCGUGACCCAAAGUGUCAUCCUCUCGUACACAUGUAUACACGCUGCCACCUAGUGGCACAUGUGUCCAACUCCAAAUUACGGUUUGGUUGAGACAUGAACACAUUUUGUCUCCUGAUGAUUCAAACACACAGAAAUUCUUGAAGCCUGUUUUUUAUUUCCUGUUUUAUUUCAGAAUGGCGAAUAACGGUCGUAACAUCAUCCUGUCCAUCCACCAGCCCCGAUACUCCAUUUACCGCCUGUUUGACAGCCUCACGCUGCUCGUCAGCGGAAAACAGGUCACAAAGAGUUCUUACAGUCUUGGAACUUUUCUUCAUUUAUUUCAUAAACACGGUCACACUCCAUUUUGCUGAUUUAUUUUAUUUUUCUUACUUGAUUUCAACGUUAAACAUUCUCACCUCCAGAAAACGAAUCAGCUGUUGCUGUGUUUUAGUUUCUGUGUGAACUUUAUUGAUAAAACUCUGAAUUUACUUUGUUUGUUUUCCUGUCUAAACCUCGUAGGUCUAUCACGCCCCGGCUCAGAGCGCGCUGGAUUAUUUCUCAGACAUCGGUACGACCGUGACUGAACUUUUUAUGAAUCCUAACAAAAAACGAUGGUGACACUGUAACUCAGUUUUAAACUUCAUUUCCCAGGAUACACCUGUGAGCCACACAACAACCCAGCUGACUUCUUCCUGGACAUCAUCAACGGGGACUCAACGGCGGUCACGCUCAACAGUGAGGAAAAAGACGGUGUGUGAGGAACUUUUGAAACCUUUUCAGAGAAAUGCUUUUAUAAAGAAAAAUGAACGAAGCUGAGAAAUCAAGUUUUUUCUGUCUGUCUCUUUCCCUCAGAUCCAGAUCAAAACUCCAAGACCAAGACCAGACAGGGGAUUGAAGACAAACUGGUUGAGGAAUACAGAAACAGUCAACACUACAAACAGACCAAAGCAGACAUGGGUGAGUACAAAGAGCAUCUCUGGGUGAUCUCUUCAUUUUAGUGUAAGCGUGUCUCACCUCCUCACCUUACACACCGGGAACGACGCAAAGACAUAUUAGCAGUAAUUUUGUACCAUCGUUACCGUCUGUUCCUCUCAGAAAAGAUCAUCGAAGGCAGGCAGAUGACCACCACAGCUCCCUCCAGAACCAUCACCUACAACACCAGCUUCAGCACGCAAUUCCGAUGGGUCCUCAAGAGAACCUUCAGGAACCUCAUGCUCAACCCUCAGACGUCUAUCGCUCAGGUUCGGACUAGUUUCGCGAUGGACUUCUCUAAUCCCUUUGGCCUUUCAGAGGGACUGACGUGAACUUGUGUUUUUAUUUCUGUUAAAGAUUGCGGUGACUUUGUUCUUGGCGCUGGUUGUUGGAGCCAUUUUCUUCGGCGUUGAGGACAAUCAGAAAGGAAAUCAGAACAGGUUUAAUAUGUUGUUGUAAUAUUUGGUGCUAUCAGUGCAAUUCUCAAAAUGUACGCUCUAUUUCAACUCUACCAUAUGAAACAGAGACGUGUUCUGGCUCUGCACUGAAAACAGCCAGAGUGCCAAAAUGAACUAUCGCUAAAAAUUAAAUACUCUUUAACUAAAGUGGUAUUUUUGAUCAUAUUCUCAGGUUCGGUGCGCUUUUCUUCAUUGUCGUGAAUCAGUGUUUCAGUUCGCUGUCAUCCGCUGAACUCUUCAUCUCAGAGCGGAAACUCUUCAUGUAAGUUCGGCACUAAACAUACUUUAAGUUUAAUGCUAAGCUAGGCUAACAGUGUGGAGAUAACGGGCAACCCGGGGUACUUUAUAGAAGUGUAAAUCAAGUCAUGCCUGUGAUAUGUCAAAAUCUCAGCUUCUUUUGCAGAGAUGGGGGUAAUUUAUGAACCAUUUGUUGUGUUUUCUCUGUCUUUAGUCACGAGUACAUCAGCGGCUACUACAGGGUGUCUGUCUACUUCCUGUCAAAGAUCCUGUCUGACAUUCUCACGCUGAGAACCAUCCCCGCCAUGGUCUUCAGCUGCGUGGCGUACUUCAUGAUCGGUGGGUAGGAGAGGAGACAAGGCCAUGGCCACGCUAGAUAACGAAAUUUCCUCAUGAAUAUUUCUGAAGUAACUAGAAUCUUGAAAAUUGUAGUUAAUGAUCUUUUUUGAGUAUGCGAAAUAACUAAAUACAUGAUCUGAAAAUGUCAACUUUAGCUCAGGACAGAGGUGGGGGCUUGACGACUCGACUCGAGACUCGACUUGGACUUGAGUCCCGUUUUUGACUUGCUUGAUGAAAUCAAGAAAUGACUUGGACUUGCUUGGGACUUGAUUGCUAAAGACUUGAGACUUGACUUGACUUGAGCCCAGUGACUUGAAAAGUCAAGUCAAGUCUUUUCAAGUCACUUAAUACCUUACAGCCCAAACCGUUUAAAAAGUGUCGCAUCAACUAAUAGUCAGGAAUUACGGCCGAUGGUAACACCGUGUUGUGUUGCCAAGUCUGAUAAUUUCCCGCAAAAAAAUACUCGCUAGUAUUGCCCGCCUGUUUCCACGUGUCGCCUUGUGUCUCUCUUUUGUUUAGGAACAGUGAGUUAGAGUAUCAGUUUAAUGUUUAAUUGUAUUUGAGUCUUCCUUAUUUUUGUGCACAUUGUCUAAGUUUUCAAUUCUUGAUUAUUGAUAUCUGAUUAUUUUUUGGAUGACAUGUAAAAUAGUUUGGUUAAAGCUGCACUAUGUAACUUUACACAAACAAGAACCCUUGUUUAAUAAUAAAUGCAAAUAGUGAAAAAUGCUCAUGAUUGAUGUAAAUCUUUACAUAUAACAAAUGGUUUAUGGCUUUGAUAUGACUUGUUUUUGACUUGAAAGAAACGGUAAGGACUUGGACUUGACUUGAGACUUGAGAGCAAAGACUUGAGACUCGACUUGGACUUGCAACAUAAGGACUUUCCCCCACCUGUGGCUCAGGAAACUCAUGAUGGUAACUUCUGUUUUCUGACACUGAGCUGUCUCAAGAAUUUACUGUUUUUGCCUUUUCUCUAAGUUUUUGUCCAUUUUACGUCAGGUCCACCUCGUUGAUAAUCCAAUAAAAAGCCCCCUGUUUACUUGUUUACGUGUGUGUGCAGGUCUGAAGCCCACAGCUGACGCCUUCUUCCUCUUCAUGUUCUCUGUGACUCUGGUCUCCUACACGGCCACUUCCAUGGCUCUGGCCAUCUCAGCCGACCAGACGGUGGUGGCGAUCGCCAACAUCUUCAUGACCAUCGCCUGCGUCUUCAUGAUGGUGACGCACUCAGAUAAUCACACGCGACGACACAAAAACUUAACAGUCUGUUCUUAGCAAAAUAAAAAAGACAGUUUUUUUACAGUGUGAUAUUAAAGUAUGGGAUGGUUAAGACACAGAUUUGCAACACAGAUUAUGUCAAGCAUGAAGAUUCUGCAUGUUUUUCUAAUGCCAAAAAUUUCAGCCAAAGUGAGAAACUUCAUCAGUCAAUCGUGUAAAUAAAAGAUAACGUCAAUUCAUGACAUCAGGGCUGGUCAAGGAUUCUCUCUUAACAUUUAAAAACCAAACUCUAAAAACUGUUUGUUUCUUAUUCUGCAGAUUUUCGCAGGUUUGCUCGUGAAUCUCACCACCAUCCCCAGCUGGCUGGCUUGGUUGAAAUACUUAAGUAUACCCCGAUACGGACUUAGUGUAAGUACACACAAGGGACUAGGACUGUCACUUUUUGUCUGAGAUUUAAGUCUUCCUAUUUGGACUGUAAUAAGCUGUUUGAAUUCAAAAGAAAGGAUUCUGACGUAGUUUGGUGUUUGAUCGUGCAGUGGGCACUCUGAACGUGACCUGACCAUUGCAUGCACUCUUGACCUCAGUAGAGUGCCCUGUGGCUCUAUUUUGGGUUUUACACCAGAAAGAGCAUGACUGGCUUGACUUUUUUUUUUUGCCAAUAAUGAUAAUAAUAAUAACUAGAAAAGCACUUGGAGAGCGCAGACCUCUGCCAAGCAGCUCAUGUCCCCCCUUAAACAAGAAAUGCCCUGACCCGGAUUCAAAUCCAGGACCUUCUGGUUGUGAGGCGACAGUGCUAACCACUACACCUCUGUGCCACCUAUCUACACCACUGUGCCGCCUAUCUAUGCCACUGUGCCGCCUAUUGACUAUCUUUCAGCAUUGAAAAUUCCAACGACACCAUUAUAUUUGUCCGGAUCACCACCAAAAUUUCAUGGGAUCCUCCUGGGGCUGAGACGCACCUCUGGUGAAAAUUUCAGGUCAAUCCAUCUGUUACUUUCUCCGUAAAGUUGCUAACAAACAAACAAACAAACCGAAAACAUAACCUCCUUGGCGGAGGUAAUAAUGCAUCAGAUUUCAUACAGCGCUUUACAUUGAAUACAUCACUCAUCCGCUCACACAGUCACUCCUUGAUGGUGGUAAACUACCUUAGUAGUCACACCUGCCCUGGGGCAGACUGACGGAAACGGGGCUGCCAGUUUGCGCCAGUGGCCUCUCCAACCACCACACAACAUUCACAAUCACACACUAGUGGAGGACACACACUGGGGGCAAGGUGGGUGAAGUGUCUUACCCAAGGACACAACGGACAGACUCACGAUAGGGGGGUAUCGAACCCCCAACUUUCCGGUUUUUGGAUGACCGCUCUACCUCCUGAGCUACUGACAUAGAACAUAAAAUACUUCCACAAGGUGCUUUAGUGAGGGCAAGAGUGCAUGCCAUGGUCAGGUUAUGAUGAAAGCCCAAAUCACAAGCAUAAGAUCUUUCUUUAAAAAAAAAACAAAACUUAAUUAACUACAAUAACGUCAUAACAUCUACACUCAACAUGUUUCAUGUAUUCCUUGACAUAAAGAUCUGAACUGUACAAAUUUUAAUCUAUUAAACAAAACACUACUUUAAAACUCACAAGUCUGUGUAAGUGUUUUUAAAUGCAGUUCAUAAACCGUCCUUUUGCGUUUUUAUGGUGUUGUUUCUGAUUUUUUUGUGUCUCUCCAGUCUUUGCAGGUCAACGAAUAUACAGGACUGGAGUUUUGCGAAAUACUGAAUGGAACCUCCAUACCGCCUGAACUGCUGUAAGACACACUCUCAAAAAGAUGAAGAAAUAUAAUCAAGUUUGUGUUACAGUAACUUAACGGCUCCCCCUACUGGACAGAUUAAUGUAUUACAUCCUGUUGAUUACCUGCUUUUGUCUGGCUGAUGCAAUAAUCCAAGAUCUUUAAAUCAGGUUAAGUGGAUUUAAUACAAUCCACAGGUAACACCGCAGCUCCAAAUAAUGAAAGUAGUAUUUUUUAAGUGUUGUUUAGUUAUUCAGGUUAACUGUGUUUCCAGGUGUACUACAGGGGAGGAGAUUCUGGCGCAGCAGGGCGUCGAUUACUCCACCUGGGGCUUCUGGCAGAACCACCUGGCUCUGACCAUCAUGACCAUUUGCUUCCUCACCAUCGCGUACCUCAAACUGCGCUUUAUCAGGAAGUUCACCUAGACCUUCAUAUCCUCGGACUAAACUGUAAUGUUUGUACAUUUUACUGCUAAUGUUCCUGCUCGUGGUUUGUGUUCAUUUAUGCAGAUAAUUGAUGUUUUAAAGUAUUUAACCGAAAACUGUAAGUUCUCUUAAACUAAUGAUAAAUGUGUAAAAUACACAGUUGUUUUCUAAGUGGAAAUGUUCAGGUAAAGAUGUUAAUUUUGUAAACACUCCAUAUUUACUCCAAAGACCUUCAGUAUAAUGAAUAUUAAAAAAAAUGUGAUUUUCGCACUUUAAAGUUAAGAGCCAAGGAAGUAAUUAUUUUUCACAGAAACAGAAGAACUUUGUAUUUUUGAGUUUAUAAUAAUAAAAAUGUUGAAUUUCAG